CUUUAUAUUUUCACAGUUUCUCAUAGACAGUGUGAUUAGUUCAGAUUCACUUGAUGAUUUGGAGUUAAUCAAGGGAGACAAUUUUAACGUGGCAGAUGAAGAGUUGUCUUCCUUAGAUAAUAGACUUAGCAGGGCAUUGACUUACGGCAGUUUUCCAGAUUGGUGUCAUUGCUUGGAUCAGAUUCUGAAAACGAUACUCCACCACCCAGAGAAUCUCUUCUGCAUUUUACUGCCAGACUGGGUCUUGCCAAAGUAGCAACAUUUCUUCUCCGUAAACCGGGCAGCAAGCAGUGUCUCAAGUUACACAAUAAGAACGGACAGUUACCAAAAGAUGUUGCCAUAGAGAAUGGAUUUGAUGGUCUAGCAGAAUUACUUUCUGAAUACAAUAUACACAGUUUAAUGCCAGUAGGACGUUGGUUGGUAACAGAUGAAGGUGUUAUACAGACACAAGAUACCGGUGAUGUGACCUUGACCUCAAAUAUUGAUACUCAUAAAAGAACUAUUGAGGAAGACAUUAUAGUGUUACAAGGUGUACAGAAACAACUAGAGAACGAAGAUCAUAGUAUAUCUAGACAGUGGCAAACUGACUGGCCAGCUGACCAUUAUAAUUCUGACACAAAGGUCAAUGAUGAGGAUACAGCAGAUCAAAAAUUUAAAACAAUUUGUGAAAAAGUCCAAGAGCUUCCAAAUGUAUUAACUCUAGAAACGAUCAAUGAUUACCGAGACUCAAAUGACACAUAUACAGAUCCAAAUAUAGAUGAUAACCAUGGUAACGACAACGUUGAUAUGAACGAGGAUUCUGAUGUUGCAAUGGAAACAGAAACUUUACCAAAGUUACAUGUGUCAGAGGGGGAGGAAGACGAUGAGAGGAAUUAUGGGUAA